ACCGUGAAAAGCCUUUCAAUGAUUUAUUCGUUCUGUCCUGAACAUGCCACCAACUGCAAUGACACGUCCUGUCUGUUGCCUAUUGAUAAUUUUAACCAGUCUAUGAGUCUUAUUUUAAGUACUGUGCUGACAAUCCUGUUGGCGCUGGUGAUGUUUUCCAUGGGUUGUAAUGUCGAAGCCAAAAAGCUCUGGGGUCAUAUUAAGAAGCCGUGGGGAAUAUGCGUGGGCUUUCUUUGUCAGUUCGGCAUUAUGCCCCUGAUUGCCUUUCUGUUGUCAACGGCCUUUCGAAUACACCCUGUCCAAGCUGUGGCAGUAUUAAUAAUGGGAUGUUGUCCAGGUGGAACAGGUUCCAACAUUAUGACUUACUGGUUGGACGGAGACAUGGAUCUUAGCAUAAGUAUGACGACAUGCUCGACAGUGCUGGGGAUGGGAAUGAUGCCUCUUUGCCUUUUCAUCUACACUAAAACCUGGGUGGACACAGAUUUUGUCCAGAUUCCUUACGACAGCAUAGGUAUUACCUUGGCAAGCCUUCUCAUUCCUGUUGCAGUUGGGGUUUAUACGAACUACAGGUGGCCACAAAAGGCCAAGCUCAUAUUGAAGAUUGGAUCUAUCACUGGAGCGUUCCUUAUAGUUGCUACAGCUGUAACUGGAGCUCUGCUGUACAAAGGUUCCUGGGCUACCUCACCUUACCUGUGGAUCAUUGGGACAAUCUAUCCAGCUAUUGGAUAUGCACUCGGAUUUAUUUUAGCUCGUAUUGCUGGCCAGCCUUGGUUCAGAUGUCGUACUGUAGCUGUAGAGACUGGCGCACAGAAUACUCAACUCUGCACAACCAUUGUCCAACUUUCCUUUUCACCUGAACAGCUUGUGCUCAUGUUCACGUUUCCACUGAUCUACAGUGUUUUUCAAAUAGCAUUUGCUGCUAUAAUGAUUGGAUGUUACCAACUCUACAAACGACAUUUCAAGAGCACCACAGAUGAUUCUUCAGAAUGUGCAAAUGAUGAAGAAAAAGCUAACCCUGUUAAUGCUUUUACAAAUGGAGGAUUUCACACAGAUGAGAAAUUACCAGGUGAUGGUUUAACAAAUGACACCCCCCAUUUGAAAGAAAAAUGCCAAAAUGGCAUUUUGAAGGGAGGGCUCUCAACAGAAGAGAAGCCACCAGGUAGUGUCUUAGACAUAAGUACCAACUUGUGA